AUGGUUGUUUUAUUCAAAGAUCUAGCCAAGACAGCGGAGAAUGUUCUACGUGAUGAUUAUGAUUUCUCACGUAAACUAAAGAUUAAGAGCCAAGCAUCCAAUGGCGUGUCGUUUACGACAGAAGGCGCAUUGAAUGGCAACAAAUCGAUUCUGGCCAAGGUAUCUAGUGGCUUUACGCACGAUGCCAGUGGUGUCGUCUUUAAGAAGCUUCAAAUUACGACCCAAGGCCGUUUUGUUGCUGAGGCUGAACUACCAAAUGUGCUGACCGAAGGUCUGAAGCUUACUUUUAAGCUUGAAGAUGGCUCUGUUACCAAAAACACGAGUGCGAAACAAAUUAGUGUGCUUGGUGCUGAGUACAAGCAAAAGAACAUGGCCGUGAACUCGGAAGCGGACUUUGUAUCCAACACAGUCUCAAGUGCUGUCGUGCUUUCGCAAGGAGGCUUUGCUGUGGGUGGUCAGACCGCCUUCAACGUGGACAAGUCGUCCAUUGUGCAACACAAUGUGGGAGUUAGUAUCACGGGUGUAGAUUUCGUCACAUCUCUUGUAACUAAAAAGAACUUUGCCGCCGUGCAGGCCUCGUUCCACCACCAUUUGUCGCACAAGACGGUGUACGCUGCUGUGUUGGACUAUGAUCUUAAGUCGGCUUCCAACACGCUAGUCGUUGGUGGUCGGUACAGGGCCGAUGGUGACACCACAUAUUGUGGCAAGAUUGAUUCAGAGGGUUUCUUGUCGCUGGCUUCGAUCCAGAGGGUGCGUCCGCACGUCACAUUGACCACUAGCGUGCAUGUGGACGCAAAGAACUUUGAAGGAGACUCUCACAAGUUUGGCUUGGGUCUGACGCUGGGCUAA